AUGGAAAACAGGGAAUGCGAAAUAAGAAUUUUGAAUGGUACGAGUUGUGCAUUUUAUAGAUAUAUGCAUUCAGUGAAACAUGGUAUCUGGUUGGUUACUCCUCCAGAAUGCUUAAAGAGCAAAGGAGAAGAAAAAUGCAUAGCUAAAUUUACUAAAACGAUGGGUAAUUUUUACGGAAUUUUACAAUACUGUGUGGUGAUUAAUAACGAAGAUUAUAUUUUAAAUGCUAGAUUUGAUAUUCCUCUAUUGGGUGAUAACACAGCAUCAGCCGUCUUAGGAAUGAACAUAAAAAAUGAUACGACACAAAUGCUAUCACCACAGAACUAUUUCAUAAUAAAACAUAGUUUUGACAACACAUAUAAUAGUAAAUUUUACAUAAGCAUUUUAGAAACAGAUGAAGGGAAGAGAUUCAUUGAAUAUCAUAAGAAAAAAUUAAAAAAAGGUUUAUUGAGAAUUUUAAAUAUAAGAACUAUAGAAGAAAAAGAGAAAUUAAGAUAUGAAAGGUGUAUGAAUGAGUCAAUUAAAAAAAAUGAAAUUAGAUAUAAUUAUAAUAACGAGGAUAAUACGUUACAAAAUGGUAGAAUGACAUAUAGUUCUUAUCGAAAUGAAGACUUAAUGGAAAUACUACCAUUAAGUUUUAUAAUAAAUAUUAAAAAUUAUGAAUGGAAAAAAAGAUUACGAAAAGCUCACAAAUCUUUAUACAUUUUGAUUAUAAAUUUUACAAGACAAACUUUAUCUCUAUCUGAUAGCAAAGGAGUGAAGUCCUCUGUUUUGACAGAGGGGAAUUGGGUAGAACUACCAAGUGAAAAAAUUUCUUCUAUGCGUUGCAGUGAAUUUGGAUGUAAUAGUGAUGGGAUGUUUUCAAGCAUCAACGGAUUUUGUAAAUACAACUUUAUGAAUGAGCCAUGUUAUUUAAACAUUUUUUGGGAUAUCAAUAGUGUAAAUUCCAAGAUAAAAUGUAAUAUAAAAAAUACUACGAAAUAUACUAUAAUUAAAAACGUAGAAAUAUUUAAUGAAUGUACAGCUGUGUUUCACAUUUUGGAAUAUUAUUAUUAUCCUCCAAUAAAAAUACUAGAAUGUAGAGCUUUAACUAAUAAUAUUAUUAACAAGUAUGGUAUCACGAAGGACAAUAUUGAUACCAAUUUGAAUGUUAUAUAUCAGUGUAGUAUCAAUGUGAUUCGUCAAUUUUGUCAGUAUCUUCAGAAUAAUGCAUCAAAUGAGAAUAAUUUGAACGAAGAUUUAGUCAACCCGAGUGACUUCAAAAUGAUGUAUGAUGAUGUGUAUGAUUGUAAUGAUGACGAAUGGAGAAAUCAAAAAGAUUUUUUCAAGAUGGGAAAUUUUGAAAACCUUUCUCCUUCUCACGUUUCCAAUUUUUCCAAAAUAAAAAGUUCCCUAUCCCUAUACUCCAAUGCUGUAGAAGAAAUGAUAAAUAAGUCCCAUCAUAUGGAUAAAGCACAAAUAACGGAUGAUAUAAUAAGUCUAAAAAAUAAUAAGAAAAUUUAUAGCACAGAUAAUAGUACUAGUAGUAUUAAUUAUUUAAAGCAUGAAGAUUUUAGAAGAAAUGUAAUACAAGAUAAAAACUUUCAUUUAUUAAAAAAAAGAAAUGUUACUUCGAAUAGUUUGUACAUAAAUAAGACAUAUACAUUUACAAAUAUUAAUAUCACAGCAGCUCGUGAUUUUUUCUGUUGUAUGCAUGGAAAUAAUUAUUCGAAUAACAUUCCCAUAAAUUCUUAUUUAUACAUCUCAUGGAAUAUUGGAAAUAUAAUUUAUAGAAAUUUAUAUAACUCUAGUGAAAAUAUAAUAAUUAAUGCCCAUAGUUUGUUGAGUAGUCAUAACAUAAAUGAUGAUGUAAUACUUAAAUUAAGGAUUGAUGAAAACAAUAGAAGAAUCUACCCCUCUAGUUUAAUUCAUUCAUUGCUGAUGAAUAUCCAAAGUAACAUAUAUAUUAAUAAUGAAUAUAUUAUAUUAGAUAUUAUUUUAAACAUUUUCCAUAUUUUGUCAACACAUUUAUCACCCAUCAUAGAAAGAAUCCUAGACAUUGAAUAUGGAAAUAAAUGGCUAGUUGAUAGUAAAAUUCCCAAAAGUAACAUAUGGGAAAAAACCAAAGGAAAAAACGAAUUAGACAUUGAAGGAAUUAUUCAUAUAAUCACUACAUACUGGAUGGACGUUUUUGAAAAAAGAAUUAAAAAUAUAGAAAUCCUUGACAACUUGCAAAAAGCUUCUAUUUUUUGGGCUAAUCAAGAAAUAGAUCAAUUUGAUCAAGAAUUUGUUAAAAAAUUAAUUGAAAGUUCUUCCCUCCUUUUGAAAAAUUUUGGAGAUUAUAACACGGCCAAGAGUAUUGAAAAGUUGUACUAUAACAAGUAUUCCAUUUUUAAUGACAUCUGCGUGGAAUGA